AUUAUACUCGUCGUCGCCGCGGACGCAUGCGCAGUCCACAUUAUUCCGACUCACCUGUUGGGAAACAAACAAACUGUGCUAUGAGAAAAUGGCGCUUUCUGUCGAGUCGAGUGCAUUUGGUCGCGAGCUGGCUGCGGGAGUGCUCCCAGACGACGACCUAGUUUGAACCGUUCGAUGGUCAGAUAGACGCGAAAAGCGAAGAUUCCCCGAAAAUGAGUGAAAAUCGUGCAGAAACCGGCCCAGAAAAUCCGGAUGGAAAACCGCCUGCGACGCUUCCCCAGGGUGACGUCGUUCAACAGAAAGAUGCGUGCGCACUCGGCCGACCCGAAGCCGGCGCGAAGAUGCCCGAAUGCGACAUACCGACGAAGAAGAGGAAGACGAGACGCGGAAAAUCAAAAAGGAGGUAUCCCUACCCGAAGAACGGGCGCAAGUCGACGAAAGUGAUAAAACCCGAAGCCCCCUACAACAGCAACCAGUUCCUCCUCGAGGACCACGGCAACAUCGAGGAGCUCGACGAGAAUCUCAAGCACGCCGACCGGUUCUCGACGACGUCGGCCGGCCGAACGCGCGACUCCAGCUUCAGCGUGGAGUCCGAGGGCGAGUUCUACUCGUCGCCCGACGACGAGGAGCAGUUUCUCAUCAAAGACUUCGUAGACCAGUACGAGAGCGUGCAGGCCGAGCGGCUGCAGGCCAUGUCCAAGGACGAGCUCAUCCAGGAGUACCUGCUGCUCGAGAGCAAGCUCGAGCUGCUGACGAAGCGGCAGCGCAAGCGCGGGGCGGCGGACGAGGCCGAGCUCGCCGCCGCCGCCCCCGCCGACCUCCAGGGCGAGGUGGAAAGACUGACGAUCGAGAACGAGGCACUGAAGCGCGAGAACGCGGCGCUCCGGAGCAAGACCUGCAGCUCGGACUCGGAGGACUCGGAGACGGACUCGAACGACUCGUGCUCGAGCAGCAGCAGCAGCAGCAGCUGCUCGACGGCGCCGCCGAGUCCGCUGGUGGACUACUCGCAGACGAACGGCCACUCGGCGGGGGUGGAGACGGCGUAGGGGCGGAGGGUUUUAAUACCAGUGUUGUUUCAUUCCUAAAGUUUAAAGGGCUGUUCUGGAUUCCACGUUUGCGUUUUUCCGGUUGAGUAGCGUAAGUGUAAAGUGACUGUAGUGCUUCAGGUUUUGUUGCCGUAUGGACUGUAGUACAAUAGACUGGUCUCAUUGGUUUACAUCACUACGCGUAGUCAAUAGAUGUGGUUUUUUCAACUUCUGUUGUAGGAUCGAGGUUCGGCCAAAUUUUCUUUUGUAUUAUAUCAUUAUUUAUGUACGUUUUUAUAUUGAAAUUGUAGAUAAGAAAAGUAGCUUUAAAUUAUUGCGGAAAUAUAAGUUGAUAUGAUGCU